UUUGGUAUUUAUGGCCAAACGGCACCUUAGACUAUCCUAUGGAUAGUACAGUUUGGGCUACAACAUCCAAAAAGGUGGUCUGAAAUACAAGUAGCAGUAAUUAAUUUAUCGAGUCGAAUGCACCUUAUUUUUCUAACAAACACAUCGUGUUUUGCUCUCUUUUUUCCCAUUCUUUUUUUGGUCACGGGGUUCUUUUCAUCUGCCUCACUAACAAUCCAUAUCAUCCUCUAUCAACCAAGGAGAAGAAGCAAAUUAUGACAAACCCACCAUUCAGAAAGCGUAUAUAAGGCAAAUCCUCGUGGUGAUCCAUGUUUUCACAUUCUCAUAAACUUGCUUGACAGUUUGAUACAAUUCAAAAUUCUCAUUUCCAUAAGCAGUAAACAAAUCCAAUGAGUUCCGCAGGCUCAACAAAGGGAGGAAGAGGCAAACCAAAGUCCUCCAAAUCGACAUCCAGAUCUCAGAAGGCAGGCCUCCAAUUCCCCGUUGGCAGAAUUGCUCGUUUUCUGAAAGCGGGCAAAUAUGCAGAACGUGUUGGCGCGGGUGCCCCUGUCUAUCUCGCCGCUGUUCUCGAAUAUUUAGCCGCUGAGGUUUUGGAGCUUGCAGGGAAUGCAGCAAGAGACAAUAAGAAGAAUAGGAUAGUACCAAGACACAUCCAACUUGCAGUGAGGAAUGACGAGGAGUUGAGCAAGCUUCUAGGUGAUGUGACCAUUGCAGAUGGUGGUGUUUUGCCCAACAUUCACCAGACUUUGUUACCCAAGAAGAGUGGCAAAGGCAGAGAUGACUCUGCUUCACAAGCCUUUUAGUUAUUGUUUUCAGAUUUAACUUAUGUAGUGACGGUUUCAGAAUUAUUUACGGACAGCUUUUUUGACUGAUCUGAAUAGGUUAUGUACUUUCUUUUCAAGUUACCCAUUAUAAUUAGAAGUAGAUACUAGUAUACAAAAUUGUACUCUUCCCAAUUGGAAAAAGUUUUAUCAUGUUAAGACCCACUUGUACUCAUGAAUACAA